AUGUGCAAAUACCUGUCCAGGCAUUGUAAGCUCUGUCAGGUGUCAGUAACGUCUGAGCAGAGGAACACAGCCAAAGACUGCAGAGAUGAAGGAGAGGAUGAGGAGACUGAAGAUCUGAUUAACACCAGAGAGGGACCAGACUCUCACUCUGACAGCGGAAAGAGUCCUUCAGGGGGACCAGACCCAGUGACACCCAAACCAGCGAGACAACACCACUGCUCCCAAUGUGAAAAGAGAUUUUCCCUAUCAUGGGCCCUAAAACGGCAUGAGAGGACACACACAGGAGAAAGGCCUUUCCAAUGUUCCCAGUGUAGAAAGAGUUUUACUUUGUUAGGAAACCUGAGGGAGCAUAAGAGAAUACACUCUGGAGAAAAACCGUACAACUGUUCCCAGUGUGGAACGAGUUUUGCCUGGUUAGGGAGCCUAAAGCAACAUGAGAAGAUACACACAGGGGAAAGGCCUUUCCAAUGUUCCCAGUGUGGAAAGCGUUUUACCCGCUUAAGGAGCCUAAAGCAACAUGAGAGGAUACACACAGGGGAAAAGCCUUACCAAUGCUCCCUGUGUGGAAAGAGUUUUACCCAGUUAGGGACCCUAAAAGAGCAUGAGACAACACACGCACAAGAAAAGCUCUGCCAAUGCUCCCAGUGUGGAAAGAGUUUUAUCAAUUUAAAACAUCUGAAUAAGCACGCAAGAAUACAUACACAGAAGGAGAAGACUUACCACUGCUCUCAGUGUGGAAAGACAUUUUCCCAGUCAGAGGACCUGAAAUCACAUGAGAGAAUAGAGAGGCUGUGUUCUGACUUAUGUUUUUGACCUGAGAAUUUAGGUUUUUGUUCAUGCCAAAUGAAAUCCUAUUGUUUAUAUAAAAUCAUUAACAAAAUAGACCUACUUUUGUUUUAGUUUUCAUCUGGAGAUGAUAAAUACUAUACAAUGUGUUUUAAUUAUGAACUUUAAUCCAUUGCAUACAAGUAUAAACCCUCUAAUAUUGUUCAUUAUAUAUUUGGGAUAUUGCUAAAUGUUAAUUACUUUAUAGAUUAAUGGAGUUUUGGAUUUCUUGAUUCUAACCUUAAACCUCUUGGAUUUGAUCUGGCUUUCGCUAAAUGAAUUUGAAUACAUGAUUUAGAUAUUGAAUAGAUUAAUAGAAUGUGCAUUUCUUGAAUUUAGUUUUGUUUCAUUGAGUUAAUUUGUGUAUUAGUCGUCAAGCUAAAGGACUAUGAAAAU